UUUACUUGUGUCAUAGAUGUGCAUAUUUAACAACAUAAAAUAGAAUUGGAUUUGGAUAUAAUAUACUUAUUAGAGUAAAUUUUCAUCGUUUUCUCAUAAGUUCGUUGGACAGGUUAAGUUGAUGACACAUAACGAUGGCACCUUCCAAGAAAAGUAGUGUGUGGCAAUUUUAUGAUAAACCUGAAGGAGAUAAUAACUCUGCAAAAUGUAGACUUUGUCAAAAAGUUAUCAAAUCUUGUGGCAAUACAACUAACUUAAUUGGUCAUAUAAAAAAUAUACAUAAGGCUGCUUUUCGGGAGUUCAAUAUUGGAUGUUCGAAAAAAUCCAAUAUUGAUAACAAAACUAUACAAAAAAAAACACAACCAGUCCCUAAAGAUGCUGACAUACUACCGUCAACGAGCUCAGCUGGUGUAAUAGAAUUGACUAAAGACAUUGAUAAAAUAUCUGACUGUUCAAAAGACGACGAAGUUCCUGUUCCUCCGGCGCCUAAACGUCAAAAGUCUAUUAUAUCAAGUUUUCAAGAAAUUCACGGUUUUUCGGCGGGUGGUGAUAAAACUUUAAAAAUAAAUAAUGCCUUAAUUUAUAUGGUAUGCAAGGACAAUCAACCAUUUACAAUAGUUGAAAAUGAAGGAUUUCGCAAUUUGAUUAAAGUUGUUGCGCCACAUUAUAAACUUCCCAAUAAGACGACGUUGACUCGAUGGGUUGAUGAUAAAUACGCAGCAUUAUCAACAGUCUUCAAAGAAAAAUUAUCAAAUAUUGAAAACUUUACUCUUACUACUGACAUGUGGUCUGAAACAAUGAGCAUGAGAAGUUUUUUAGGAAUAACAGCACACUUCGGUGUUGGUAAUGAACUAUUUUCAAUAACUCUUGGAGUGUACCAGUCAAAUGAACGUCAUACUUCAGAACACAUCGCUGAAAUGUUGCUUCAAACUUGUACCGAAUGGGGUAUUGACAAAGAUAAAGUUUCGGCUGUAGUGACUGACAACGCAGCCAACAUGGUAAAGGCCAUCGAUUUGGCUUUUGGAAAAAAACACAUACCAUGUUUUGCACACACUCUGAAUUUGGUGGCACAAAAUUCUAUGCAACAGUGUACUGAGCUGAGAAACUUGAUAACUAAAGUCAAAGAUAUUGUGACAUGGUUCAAACAGAGCAAUAUAGCCAGUAACGAAUUACGUAAUGCAACCCAGAAAGAAACUAAAUUGAUACAAGAGGUUCCAACCAGAUGGAAUAGUACAUAUUAUAUGAUUGAAAGAUUUUUGGAGCUUCGCACUAUCGUUAAUAACAUAAUCAUUCGGCAUAAAAAUGCACCACCGAUGCUUACUGCGUCAGAACUAUCAAUUCUUUCUUCGGUUUUACAAGUUCUGCGACCGAUCGAAGCUGCAACUAAGGAAGUAUCAGGGGAUAAGUAUUGCACUAGUAGCAAGGUAAUACCACUUAUCCAUUGCCUCCUUUUGAAAGUUAAAACACUCAGACUCGAAGAAUCUCUUGCAAAAGAAUUACAGUCAUUGGUCCUUAAAGAAAUUGACAAGAGAUUGGGUGUUAUAGAGAGAGUGACUCUUCUCGCCAUAGCCACGAUAUUAGAUCCGAGGUUUAAAAAAAUGCAUUUUACAAACCAACUUGCUUGCUCUUCAGCUGUGGCAAAAGUCAAAGAAUUUGUGAAAACUAAAAUACAAAAUGAGGCCGCGGUGGAAUCUGAUUCUUCAGAUCAUUCUGACAAACCAGAAGAUAACUUUUCUUUAUGGGAUGAUCACCACAAAUUGGUACACAAGAGCUGGAAAACGGCGAAGUCUGACGAUACUAUUUCUGCACAUCUGUCUAUUUACUUGCGUAGUCCAGUAGGAAGACUUAAUGAGAACCCAUUGGAAAUAUGGAACGAUCUGAAGAUUCAACUUCCUAAACUUAAUAAAAUUGCUUACAAAUACUUGACCAUGGUGGGAACGUCAGUACCGUCUGAGCGUUUAUUUUCUAAAGCAGCUCAAAUCGUCACUCAGCAAUGAAACAGACUGAAAGGAAAACGUUUAAAUAAGCUUUUGUUUUUGCAAAGUCUUCCAAAAGAACAUUUUAUAAGUCUUAUUGUUACACAUUGCCAUUUUUUUUUAAUAAAUGACUACUGCAUGAAAAGUAUUUCUUUUUUAUUUUAGUAACAUAGAUUCCUUAAACACACAUACAAAAGGCAAAAAGAAAAGUGCUGUUGUAGGAGUAAUCUAUAAUGAAAAAUGUGUUCAGAAGGCCGACUACAGCUUGCGAUGCAAUGUUAAAAAAAGUACUCGAUUUUGAGAAAACAUCGAUGUUUCUAACCGAUGUAUCGAAAAAUAUCGAUGCACAGCCGCGAUGUAUUGCAUCGAAAAAAAACAUCGAUGUAUUUUUUAAGUGGACACCCCUAUUAUCAUUAAAUCAUGCUUGAAAUCGUCGCCCUUAUGGACUUCGAUUGAAAAUUAUAUAGAGUAUAUUAUCAUGAAAUCAAGAAUUUGCAUAAAAAGCAUUAGUUGUUUUUUAAUACAAUAGUGUC